GUGUGCCGCCCAUCUCACUUCGACUCCCGACUGUCCAUACUAACCCAAGGACUUUUCUCAAGCAAAGUCUCGUGCAGAUCAGUCAAUAUGGCAUCCACUGCUCCUGCCCAGGGCGUGAGCGGCGUCAACAUCAGCAAGCGCAGAAAGUUCGUCGCCGACGGUGUUUUCUACGCCGAGCUCAACGAGUUCUUCCAGCGCGAGCUCGCUGAGGAAGGAUACUCUGGUGUCGAGGUUCGCGUCACUCCUACCGUGACCGACAUCAUCAUCCGUGCCACCCACACCCAAGAAGUCCUUGGUGAGCAAGGACGCAGAAUCCGCGAGCUUACCAGCUUGAUCACCCACCGAUUCCGCUUCCCUCCUGACAGUGUCUCGCUCUACGCCGCUAAGGUCCAGUCGCGUGGUCUCUCUGCUGUUGCUCAGUGCGAGUCUCUCCGCUACAAGCUCCUCAAUGGUCUUGCCGUUCGUCGUGCAUGCUAUGGUGUCCUUCGCUUUAUCAUGGAGUCCGGCGCCAAGGGUUGCGAGGUUGUCGUCAGUGGCAAGCUGCGUGCCGCCCGUGCCAAGUCCAUGAAAUUCACAGACGGCUUCAUGAUCCACUCCGGUCAGCCAGCCAAGGACUUCAUCGACUCCGCCACCCGCCACGUCCUGCUCCGUCAAGGUGUCCUUGGUAUCAAGGUCAAGAUCAUGCGCGCUUCUUCAUCGCCAAACGACCCAGCCGGCGAGAAGGCUGGCGGCAAGGGUCUGCCAGACUCUGUCACCAUCAUCGAGCCAAAGGAGGAGCAGCCUAUUCUCGCACCAUCGUCUCAAGACUACGGAGCCAAGGCUGCACAGGCUCAGGCAUACGCUCAGCAGCAGCAACAGGCGGAGCAAGAAGGUGCUCCAGCAGAGGACGCUGCAGCGCCGGCACAGGCCGAGUACUAGAUGUCCACGCGAUGUAUGCGCUUUUUGUGGCGGGAAGUUCUAGGGUCAUGAACAACGGAGUUUGACAUGGUGAAAGCGAUUUCCAAGAGCAGCUCAUUUCCAAGCUGGAGCUGUCAGUGGUAAAAGAGUCCACGAAUUGAAUGCAAUGCCCAAUAUGACGACCUUCCACAAUUACCAUUCUAGCACGACGUUUCGAAAAUGACUCUGAAUUUCUCGAGAGGCGGUGUUUAGUUUCGAGGUCAAAUGCCCCUGAAGCCGAUUGAGAGGCUUCGCGGUCGGACGUUUGCCUUGAAGUCCAUACCUUUGUGUUAAACUGCGGAUAUGAGAACCAAGAUUCUCAUUUCAGGGCCCUAGGGCACUGUCUCGCAGCGUGCAUAUAUGUAUAUCAAUUGCAUGAAGACAAACUUUUCCACUUCAGUCAUCCCAGAUGGCCUUUUUCGCUGCUUCCGUGUCUCGCCGCUUUUGCUCCUCCUCUGCUUUUGCCUUGUCCCGUUUCUUCUUUUCCUGCACCUUCAUCGCCUGAUCGUAUUCACGCUGCUCUGGUGUCCGCUUUGGCGCUCGCUGUCCCAACCCGGCUGCAAUCAAUCGAGAUGCCACUGCGGUCGUCUUAUCUGGACGUCGUUCGGGCGGCGUGUCACCACUACCGCCACUAUUACUAUUUCCACGUGAAAGUGAUGAUGAUGGUGGGGUUCCUGUAUCAUAAUAGCUCAAUGGCCCGAAAUUCUGGUAUUGCAGGUCUCGUUUUUGGGCUUCUGUGGGCGAGGAUGGUGUGGGAGGAGGUGGACCGGGGAAGUUGGGUCGGAUGGGAGUGGAAAUGCUUUUCCUGUCCUCUUCUUCCUGGUUAUUGUCGUCGUUGUUGUGGUUGGCGGAGCCGUCCUCCUCCUCCUCCUCCUCGCCUACUUCAUCUUCCCAUGAUUCUGCUGGCUCUG